GGGAGGCGGGCCGCGCACGGUCGGGUGCACGCGCGGGUCGCGGGCCGGUGCGCGAGCGGAGCGCGCUCGGGGCGGCGUUUCCUGUUCCCGUCGCUCGCGCUGCUGCAGCUCAGACCAUGGCGUCGGCUUUGGAAGAGCUACAGAAGGAUCUAGAAGAGGUAAAGGCGUUGCUAGAAAAGGCUACCAGGAAAAGAGUCCGUGAUGCCCUUACAGCAGAGAAGUCCAAGAUUGAGACAGAGAUGAGGAACAAGGUGCAGCAGAAGUCACAGAGCAAAGCAGAGCUCGACAGUGAGAAGCCGGCUGCUGUGGUUGCUCCCAUCACAACGGGCUAUACAGUGAAGAUCAGCAAUUACGGAUGGGAUCAGUCAGAUAAGUUUGUGAAAAUCUACAUUACUCUAACUGGAGUUCAUCACGUUCCCACGGAGAACGUGCAGGUGCAUUUCACAGAGCGGUCAUUUGAUCUUUUGGUAAAGAACUUAAAUGGCAAGAAUUACUCCAUGAUUGUGAACAAUCUGUUGAAACCUAUCUCUGUGGAAGGCAGUUCAAAAAAAGUCAAGACGGACACAGUUCUUAUCUUAUGUAGAAAAAAAGCAGAGAACACCCGAUGGGACUACCUGACUCAGGUUGAAAAAGAAUGCAAAGAAAAAGAAAAGCCCUCCUACGACACAGAAGCAGACCCUAGUGAAGGCCUGAUGAACGUGCUGAAGAAGAUUUAUGAAGAUGGAGACGACGACAUGAAGCGAACUAUCAAUAAAGCCUGGGUGGAGUCGAGAGAGAAGCAGGCCAAAGGAGACACGGAGUUUUGAGACCGGAGCGCUGUUGGAACUGUGCUGCGCACGUGCUGACCUUUCCAACGAGGGAGUGUUGCUGAGCUGCAUAUGUCACUUGACAGAUAAUACUCACAUACCCUUUAAGGAAAGGCAAUGAAUUCUCCGUUUCCUGCUGGAGGAUUUAUUUAAAUAAAACGUGCUUAUUAAACGCUU